CCCGUAGUGUCUAGUUGAUCCCUCCCUACUCCGCGUGGAUUGGUUGCUCUUCCCUCGGGCCCUGCUCUGACUGGCUCGUGUCGCUGCCAUUUCAUUUCAGCCUAAGUGGCGCGCGGCAGGGCGGCUACCGGCGGACGCGUGAGCGGCGGCGGCGGAAGUGGUCGGUGAGCCCGCUCCCCGCCGACAACAUGCUUCCCUUGUCGCUGUUGAAGACGGCUCAGAAUCAUCCCAUGCUGGUGGAACUAAAAAAUGGGGAGACAUACAACGGGCACCUGGUGAGCUGUGAUAACUGGAUGAACAUUAACCUUCGAGAGGUGAUCUGCACAUCCAGGGACGGGGACAAGUUUUGGCGGAUGCCAGAGUGCUAUAUCCGCGGCAGCACCAUCAAGUACCUGCGCAUCCCCGACGAGAUCAUUGACAUGGUCAAGGAGGAGGUGGUGGCCAAGGGCCGCGGUCGCGGUGGCCUGCAGCAGCAGAAGCAGCAGAAGGGCCGAGGCAUGGGGGGCGCUGGGCGAGGUGUGUUUGGUGGCCGGGGCCGCGGUGGGAUCCCAGGCACAGGCAGAGGUCAGCCGGAAAAGAAGCCGGGCAGACAGGCGGGCAAACAGUGAGCCACCCUCCAUUCUCCAGAGACUGAGCUGCCACACUGCUCGCCAAGGCUGUGUUUCUACUCUCUGGUUCACAAGUGUGUUCAGAACAAAAAGAAGCAGGUGUUGGGGAAGAGCCCCCCUCUCCGCCUGUCAUUCUGUGAUCCUUUUUACGUAGAGUAUCCCCCACCUUUUUUUUUAAGCCAGCAGUUCUGCAGUUGGAUAUGUUUGGUGUGUUUGGUUUUUCUGAAGCCGCAGCUGACUUGAUUCCUGGAAGAUUCCGUGUUUAAUGUGUCUUUAAAGCCCUCGCUCUUGUUUUAAGGGCGGGCACUUUCCAAGCAGGCUUGUUUUGCAUUUUGAGUUGGAUCCUCGUGUGGUGAGCAGACCGGAGGUUUUUAUUUUAAGCUCUUUGCACUGAGAUUGAUAGCCUUGGGAGUUCCCUGAAACACGGACCUCAGGAUUGCCUUUUGAAAACAAACACAUACAAACCGUAUGCCACAGAAGCUGUUCUGGGGACAUUGCUGGACCCUGCCCCUUUGUCUCCUCUCUCCCUGUUUGUGUUACAAAAAUAAAAACACAUACAACUACAAACUGCAAA